AUGGUUUAUUCAUCAAAUGAUGAUAUACCAUUAGAUAAUAGAAAAGAUGUUAUAUUUAAUAAUGCAGAAAAAAAAAAUAUAAAUUUCGAUAAAAGAAGGAGUUGUGAUUAUGAAUAUGAUGAAGAAGAAAAUGAUAAAAUAAUAAAUGACGAAAGAAUUAUGAGUGGGGGAGAGGAAAAAAUAUAUAUGUCAAAUAUUGAAGGGAAAGAAAAAAAUAAUUUAAACGAUUCUAAUAUUCUAGAUAAAGGAAGAAGUAGAAGUUCUUCAAAUAAUGUUUUUAAAAAUAUUGAUAAAGAAAAUGAUAGAAAAAAAAAUGAUGAUAUAAAAGACAAAGAAGAAAGCAAUAAUAUCAUUGAAGAAAAGGAUUAUUAUGUUAUGGAUAAACAGAUGAAUAUUUCGAAUACACAUAAAAUAGAUGUAGAAAAUGAAAAGAUAAAAAAUAUUCAUUUUAGUAUGAAUAAUGAAGAAAGUAAUAUUGAUGAUGAAAAUAAAAAAGAAAAUAUAUUUGAUAUAAAGAAGAGUAUAUCUUCCUAUGGUAAUAUAAAAAAUACAAGUGAUAGUCAUAAAAAAGGUUCUGUUCAUAAAAGUGAAACAGAAAAGAAGGAUAUGAAUCCUAUAUAUGAUGAUAAUAAUUAUGUAUGGGAUAAAAAUGAUGAAAAUAUGAAGUAUGGAAAAAAUCAUAUUAAUAAUAAUAAUAAUAAUAAUAAUGUAAAAAACAAUGAUAAUAAUAUGUAUUAUGAAAACGAUGAGAAGUUUUAUAAAAGGGAAUAUAUUUCAACAGAUGAGCAUAUGAAAGUUGAUAAGGAAAUAGUAGAGAUAAAGGAUGAAAAGAAAGAACAAAAAAAACCUUCUAUUUUAAAUAAAGAAGAAAAUGGAAAAAAAAAUAAAGAUCAUGUAAUACAUAACGUUGAAGAGGCACCUGGAUAUGAAUACAGUCAUAAUAUUAUUUACCAUGAAUUAUAUGUAGAGUUAUUACAUGUAAAUAAAAAUUUACAAAACGAGAUUAAAAAUUUAAAAAAGAUUAUUGAAAUGCAGAAAAUUUUAAUUAAAAGUAAAGAAGAAGUUUUUCUAGAUCAUUUAAAUGAAAAAAAUAAAAUGAGUAAUAAGAAAUUGAUGAAUCAUAACUAUUUCUUAAAUUUCUUUAAUAAAAAAAAAAAGAAAAGUAAAGAAUACAAAACGUCUUUUAAAGAGGAAUAUGAAGAAGAGGAAGAUGAUGAAGAUAUUGGAUAUGUAGUUGAUAGAAAGAAGCAAACAUAUUUCGAUGUGAAUAAAAAUUAUCAUGGAGGAAAAAGGGAACUAGAAGAAGAAAUUCAUAAUGUUUCUGAAGAACAUUUUGAUAAGAAAGGUUCUUAUUUAGAAUGUGAAAAAAUAUAUAAUGAUGAUGAAGAUAUGUUUGAAUAUGAUAUGGAUGUAAUAUAUGAAAAAGAGGAAAAUAAAAAUAACAAAUAUAUAAAAUUACCAUCUAUUGAUAAUAAUGAUUUUUCAGAAAUGACUGAUAGGGAUAUCGAUUCAUUAUACGCAUAUAAUAAUAAUAAUAAUAAUAAUAAUAGGAACCAUAACAAGAACAAUAAUAAUAGUAAUAACAAUAGUAAUAUUAUUAAUAUUGAAAAGAAUGAUGUUUAUUUUUUUAAUGAUGAGAAAGAAGAAAGUAAUUAUUCAAGGAAAUAUGAAUUUGAACAGUCCAUGUUAUAUAAUAUUGAAGUAGAAGAUGAAUCUUGUAAUAAUUCUAUGACUAUACAAGAAAUUACAUGUUUAACAUUUUGGUAUGAAGAAAUAUUACCUUUAGUAAAUAAUGACAAAAAAAAGAAUUUAUUAAUUAAUAGAAUGAUAACAAAUUAUAUGCCCAAUUCAAUAAAAGGAUAUUUUUGGGAAAUGUGUAUUAAAAAUAAAUUAAAUCUUACUGAAUAUUUUGUUCAAAUAUUAAUAAAAAAUACGAAUUUUAUACAAGCAUAUGUAUAUACUAAUAAUAGACAAUAUCAUAAUCAUGUUUCUAGAUAUUUUAAAUCAUUAAUUGAAUUAAGAAAUAACAAUUUACACAUAAAAGAGGAAACAAUUGAAAAUGAUCAGGAUAUUGAACAAAAACAUGAUGAUAAUAAUAUAAUUUUUGAUAGUAAUAAAUUUCAUAUAAAUGAUGUACAUGAUAAAUUUGAUGAACAAAAUGAUAAUAUAUUUUAUGAAACGCAAAAUAUGUUUGAUCAUAAAAAUAAGGACCCAUCAGAUAAUAAAAACGAUAACCCUUCCGAUAAUAAAAAGGAUAACCCUUCAGAUAAUAAAAAGGAUAACCCUUCAGAUAAUAAAAAGGAUAACCCUUAUGAUAAUAAGAAGGAUAAUCCUUCAGAUAAUAAAAAGGAUAACCCUUAUGAUAAUAAAAAGGAUAAUCCUUCAGAUAAUAAAAAGGAUAACCCUUAUGAUAAUAAAAAGGAUAAUCCUUCAGAUAAUAAAAAGGAUAACCCUUAUGAUAAUAAAAAGGAUAACCCUUAUGAUAAUAAAAAGGAUAACCCUUAUGAUAAUAAAAAGGAUAACCCUUAUGAUAAUAAAAAGGAUAACCCUUAUGAUAAUAAAAAGGAUAACCCUUAUGAUAAUAAAAAGGAUAACCCUUAUGAUAAUAAAAAAGAUGAAAAUUUCUGUGAUGACAAAAAUGUUAUUAUUUAUGAUAAUAAUAAAGACAAAAUGAGUAAUAUGCCAAAUUCUAAUGCUAACAUAAACUUACUUCAAAAAUUUUCAGUACAAAAAUUUUUCUAUCAAAUAUUAAUAGAUUUAGAUAGAACUAUGUAUAUAAUAACAAAAAACAAGGAAUAUUUUGCAAAAUAUAAUAUCCAAACUGACAAUGUAUUGUCUUCUGUUAAUUUAUCGGAUAUGAAAAAAAAAUUAAAUACACUCUUACAAAUGUAUGUCCUUUUUAAGCCAGAACUAGGUUAUGUACAAGGCAUGUCAUAUAUCGCACUGGUGUUUUUAUUAUAUAGUAAUUUAGAAAAGGCAUUUGUCCAUUUUGCAAAUUUCAUGGAAAGGAAAGAUAUUUAUAAUUUAUAUAGUUUUAAUAAAGAAGAAAUAAAAAUUUAUAUUUAUACUAUUAAACAGAUUCUUACGAAAAGAAAUAUAGAAGUAUACAAAGAAAUUGUCAAGCAUUAUAAUAUAGAUAAUAUUUUUAUUCAAUGGAUAUAUACAAUCUUUUUAACGUGUUUACCUUUUAACAUUUAUAUAAGAUUGUUUGACAUAUAUACAUUUAAUGAAAAAAUAAUAUACGAGGUUAUUAUUUGCAUAUUCACCUAUUUUAAUAAAUACCAUCCUACUGAUAAUGUUGAUAUUAUUAUAAAAGAUUUAUCAUCCUUUGCUUUUAAUUCCUACAUUAAGGAGGAAAAAUUUUGGAAUUUGUUAAAAAAAAUUAAAAUAAAAAAGAGGAAAAUCUUAUACUAUAAAGAUAAAUAUUUUAACAAAAUGAAUAGCAAAGAUGAUGAUUGCAGCAUAGAAAAAUAA